AUGAGUAAUACUUCGCAUGAUUUCAUCCCCGAUCUCACUGGGAAAGUCGCCAUCGUAACGGGUGGACACACAGGACUCGGCUUCGGCACCAGCAUCGAACUUGCGAAACAUGGCGCCCGGGUGUAUAUUGCCAGUCGGUCAGGCACGAAGUUCAAGGCUGCAGAGCGGGAUAUCCUUUCUGAGUGCCCAGAUGCAGAUUUGCGGUUUCUGAUGUUGGAAUUGGCCGAUUUGAAUAAUGUGCGGGAGGCAGCAAAGAUGUUUGCUCAGAGGUUCUUCUCCUCCUCAGGCAUGGCUUACUCGUUCCAGGUUAUGUGCGUUCCAUACGAGGAGACAACGGAGGGGUUUGAGAUGCAGAUAGGGGUGAACUAUAUCGGCCAUUUCCUGUUCACAAAAUUGCUGAUCCCGAUACUCCAGAAGACAGCAGAAAUGACCGAAAAGGGAAGCGUGCGUAUUGUGAAUGUAUCUAGCGACGGGCACGCCAAACUCGCACCUAAGGAGGGCAUAAUAUUAUCAGACAUGAACAUGAAGGAUAAUUUCUCUGUCUGGGCCCGAUAUGGCCACUCGAAGCUUGCCAACGUUCUGCAUUCGAAAGCAUUGGCGAAGAGGUAUCCAAACAUUCUUACAUUGUCCUUGCAUCCGGGAACGGUAAAGACGAACCUAUCCGCAGGGCCGAUCUCGUCAACUCCGCUCUAUCGGCUGAUAAAGCCUCUUGUUGAGCUGGGUGCGCCUGGUCCACGGAAGGGGGCAGCGAAUAUUCUUUUCGCCGCCGUGUCGCCGAAGCUACGGCUAGAGUGCGACAAUGGAGCAUAUCUGCUGCCAAUUGGAAAGGUGUCUGCGCCUAGUAAAGUGGGAUCAGACCCGAAGAUGGCGGAGGAUCUCUGGGAGUGGACGAUGAAGGCCCUUAGAAGUCGAGGGUAUGAAUAG